AUCCUCUUGGCAUGCCAUCUUCACACUUUAACAUCCCCUCUCCGUUUGCAAUUCAUGAAACAAUCUUACAUCGAUAUGAAAAUGGACGACCAAAACUUGUGUUCAAAUCUCUUUACAAACUUGGGUGCAUUCCUUCGGAAAUUCCUCUGGAAGGUAUUAUCCGUCGGCCCCAUCCCUCAACACAUUGCCUUCAUCCUGGACGGAAACAGGAGGUACGCUCAGAAGCACAAACUUAACAACGAAGAUGGAUACAAGGCGGGAUACGAAGCUCUACUCUACAUCCUCAACUAUUGUUCCGAGCUGGGGGUGAAGUAUGUCACCCUUUAUGCCUUCAGCCUUGAUAAUUACAAACGAAACUCCUGUGAUGUUAAGUGUGUUAUGGAUCUAAUGUUAGAGAAAACCCUGGUCUUGCUCAAAGAAAAAGAUCUUGUCGACAGGUAUGGUGUUAGACUAAUCUUCAGAGGCAAUUUGAAACUUCUGAGUGAGCCUAUGAGGCGUGCUGCUGAAAAUGCAAUGGUAGCUACCGCUGCCAACAACAGGAUCGUAGUUUUAGUCUCUGUGGCAUACACUUCAACUAAUGAAAUUGCUAGAGCCGUUCAGAAGUCUUGCAUAGAAAAAUUUAAUACUGAAUUUCAUGCACUCAAGGUGCCUAACAUGAGGCCUGAUACAAAUAUAGCAGAUGUGGAAAAACACAUGUUCCUGGCUGCGGCUCCUGAUCCUGACAUCCUGAUUAGGACAUCAGGCGAGAAACGCCUCAGCAAUUUCCUCCUCUGGCAGACCUCUAAUUGCCUGUUGUAUUCUCCAGCAGCACUGUGGCCAGAGAUUCACAUUUGGCACUUGGUGUGGGCAAUCAUAAACUAUCAACGGCUGCAUCCUUAUUUAGACAAGAAGAAGAAUCAACCAUGAUGGCUCUCCUGACAUCAAAGAACAUGCAGACAUACAAAUGUAGUUGUCAUUAGCUUCUGGAAGGUUGCGAGCAUAGCCAGAUAUUAUCCAAGUGCUCCUAGAUUCAACAUUUCAACACUAACAGAUGGGAUAAUUUAGAUUAGUUAGUAGUAAAACGGAUCAAGUAUAUUAUUCAAGUCAAAAGUUAGUGAAAUACAAUGAUAAGAUGUCUUGAAUCCCAACUUCUGACAAUAAAGAAAACUACUAAUCCUGUGAAAUACAAUGACAGAGUCUAGAGUUUAAAUGUCUGAUUUAAAAGCAGGGAAUGUCUUUCCCAAUAACUCAUCUCCUUGUGACAAGAUAUGUUCAGUAAUGCCGUGACAGCCAAUUCAAUUACAGACACCCAUGGAUGUUGCAUCAAUAUAUAAAUUUUUUUUUUUUUU